CUAGGAUUUAAUUCAGAAGAUCUAGGUUCUUUGCUUUUUCAGUGAUCAACCACACUUUGUAUUACUUCAAGAAAGAGUCAGGUUUGUAAAAGUAAGAAUUUAUUUAACAAACAAUUAAAACAUGACUAAUUAACUAAGCAUUUACUGUAACUAAACGUGAUGAAGGAACCUAUGUGUGAAUGCGAUGUCAGUCAGAGCUUCCUUAUCAAAGUAAGCUGAGUUCUAGUGAAAAGAACUUGGUUUGUGCUAAGCUAUAAAGUUCUUAUCAUCAGAAGAACAUUAGACGCAGUCUGUCAUGUCUACUUCACCCGUUUUGGAGAGACCCUCUUGGUGGAUCCGAAAGUCACAGCGCUGUAGAAUACCGUGAUACCGACUCUUCAGUCCAGAGAUGUCUCGGGUCACAACAGCCGGAUAGAACCGUGCGUCUGGCGGACUCUUAAGGAGUCCAACAAUAUCAGCUUUGUUCCUGCAGGAACUGUUUGCUCAUCAGCUUUGCAGGUGCAAAAAGGUUUUGACGAAGUGUCAAAAUCUUUGAUGGUUAAAGAGGUUUACUACAGAUGGCCGGUCUGAGCGAUUCUCUAGAACUGUCGAAUCACUCGGGAUGAUCCAGUUUUAAGGUUUUGAUGUUAUGACUCGCACAGCCAAUCAGAGGCUGACAAGUUUGAGCUAUGUUACCAAGACAACUCAGAAACACGCCUUCUUGAUACAGGAUGUUCUGACUGGUUUUAAAGUCUCUAUGUGUUGGAGUUUAAAUUAACCACACUUGUUAUGGUGUGAGUGCAGGUGUGAGGACCUCGUCGUAUAAACAUGUUGAACACAUGGCAGUCUCUGUAGACAUAACAUAACAUAACAAUUAUUGAACAAAGAUUAAUGAAGCAGUUCAUUACAAUAUAGUGAUUGUAAGUAACAAUAAACAAGUGUUUAUUUAAUGAUCAUCUAGAUUAUGAGUCAUGGAAGAAGUUCAUAUUGAUUUAGGAAAUCAUUCUUGAUUUUAGCAACUGAUUCGAGCUGGAGUUGUUCCCUCUGUGGAGGCAGACAGAUGGGACCUUGGGAAAGAAAGUUAUUGUUUGUCUUUCAGACUUGCAGAGUCUGUGAGCUGUUAUGAAAGCAGGCUCAUUUAAAGGGAACACAUGCAGUGUUGUGUCUCCUUUCUGACCAGAUGUUGAAUAGAUGUUGAAAGGUCAGACUGUACCUAAACUGACCAUUGCUGGAUGUUACAACCCAUAUGUGGUGGACUCAUCAGGGAUGAGUCCAGAAGUGUUCUGUUACAUGAGGUAUAUGAUGCUGUGCAGAAAUUACCAGUAAAGCAUGUGGUAUGGAUUCGCUCCCAGCAGAGCAUCUGAAAUAUGCCAGUCCCAGGCUUGCUCCCUGUUAGCAAUCUGUUUUACUGGAUUUAUGUCCCAUGGCAUACUUCCAGAUGCAAUGAUGACUACGUUGCUUGUUCCAGUUAUGAAGGAAAAGGCCAGAAAAGUUGGUUACCUAGACAACUGUAGACCUAUUGCAUUGACUAGCAUUUUAUCUAAGGUCAUGGACAGGAUCAUUUUGGAUAGAGUAAGUGGGCUUUAAGUCCAAGCAUGUCAAGGACAUGUGUGUCUAUGCUCUCAAGGAAAUAGUGAACCUAUAUUCAACUCAAUUCAGUUCAAUUUUAUUUAUAUAGCGCCAAAUCACGACAAGAGUCGUCUCAAGGCACUUCACAUAAUAAACAUUCCAAUUCAGGUCAGUUCAUUAAGCCAAUCAGAAAAAAUGUUUCCUAUAUAAGGAACCCAGCAAACUGCAUCAAGUCACUGACAAAUACCUGUAUAGGUUUAAAACAAUCCUACUAUUCUCAUGCGUUUCAUUGAUGCCUCCAAAGCGUUUGAUCGAGUUAAUCAGCCUGGAGGUACUGUGAGAGUGCUUGCCUAUUGGUAUGCCCAUCAGAAGCUGCACGUCAAAUGUGGCGGGUAGUAUUUCCGACCCCUUUAGUGUGUCCAAUGGGACAUGUGUUGAUGAGCUAUCCGGACGCCUGAGAGCUUGCAACACAGGCUGUUUGAUAGGUGAUGUUCUGAUUAAUCACCUUAUAUAUGCAGAUCACCUUGUAGUUUUUAGCCCUAGUAGUGCAGGACUGCAGCGGCUCCUAGAUGUUAGUACUGAGUACAGAAUGGAGUAUGAUUUAAAAUAUGAUUCAAACAAAAGGGCUGUUCUAAUCUACAGAACUAUUCAGGGUAAAAUGCUCCAUUUUCCUGUGUUUAAGUUGUCCAGCAACAGCCUUGCAGCAUGUGAAAAAAUAAAAUGAUGACAUUUACAGACAGUGCUGCGGGUUAUAUGUGCAAGCAAACACCGUUGCAUGGAAAUGUAACUGUUGUUCUACACCUGUUAAAGUCGCAUUAUUUAAAGCAUACUGCACACCUGUGGUCAUACUAUAAAAAGUCCAACUUGCACAGGUCACAAGUGGCUUGAUUCAAUGAGAAUCAUCCUAAUCAAUCAGUUAUAUCUGACAGAAGUUUUCCCAGAUAGUUACAGACAGACUAAGGUUUGCGCAAGAGUUCAGUUAUUUUUAGUGUGUGUGUGUGUUUAGAGUGUGCGUUUACUCAGAGACAGGUUGGGCUGAUUUGAAAAAAUGUGUUGAAACUUAAAGGAAGGUGAGCAAAGAGCCCAGAGGAGCCAUCAAAACACACUCUUCCUCCUCUUUGUGUUGCUGGUGCCUUCGUCCUGAGGAGGUGGGACGGUGCUGGUGGCUAAUUGGCUGAGCUGGAUGGUGGAGACUCUGAUCUGCACGCGUGGGUCAGAGGUGAUGCUUCCUCUCUUUGCUCUGGCAUGUUGUGAACUGACUUAUUCUUCCUGCAUCUGUUGCUGCCUCACGUGUUGCUUCUACUGAGCAAUGGGUCUGAAUGCAGCUCUGGGAAGUCUUGUUGUUUUCAUCUGGAUGCCAGAGAUCUGGGCAAGACUAGCACAAGAGAGAUGCACUGACUACAAGCUUCAGUUUGAGCGGGUUUUCUCUGUUCCUGGAGACACAGCCAUGCUCAACAGCACCCUGCUCUCACCGGAUGUACUAAACUACACAGCUGUCCCGUACAACAUCACCUGGUACAACUCAAAGACCGGCCAAGAAAUGAGCAACCAGACUGGGCGGAUCCUGGUGCUAGGAGAGACGCUUUGGUUCCUCAAUACAACACUGGAAGAUGCAGGAGAAUAUACGACCGUUCUGCGAACCCCACUGAGCUGCUUCAUGCAGUCCACUAAGCUUGUGGUGGACACACCAAACGCUGGCGAGUGUGAACGACCACAGAAAACCUCUCAAGAGCUUACGGAUGGAGUGGCUGACCAUCUGAACUGCCCGCUGGGGGAAUAUAUUUACAAACUGGAAAGCUAUCGCAUCACUUCCUCUAUCCAGUGGUACAAAGGUUGUGAGCCCAUACUGGAUGGAAGUGACAAGUAUGCGUACUGGGACAGGACCUUACUGAAUAUCAAAAGGGUGGAACCUGAAGACAGCGGCACCUACACCUGCACUCUGUCAUUUACUCUGGGGGGAGUUACAGGAUCUGUGUCAGAGAGCAUUGAUGCACCAAUCAGAGACGAGUACUCUUUGGUUCCUCAAGUUCAUGAGCCAACAAAUGAAAUUAUCAAGGCAAAAAUAGGAUCCAAUUUGACCGUGAAGUGUCUGGUGUUUGUGCCGGGUGUUGGAAUCCCAUUUGUUGAUGUCCUCUGGUUGGUCAGAGAUGAUUUUAUCUUUGAUACCAGUCCUCCUGCAAACGUCUACACGUCAGAACCAAGCGUGUGGAGCCAAAAGACACCCCAAGAAGGCGUGUGGUUUGAACGAAUGCUCUUUAUCUCUGAGCUAAAGAAGGAGGAUUUCUACAUCAACUACACCUGUCAAGCUUCCAGCUUCCGUGGCGUUCCUAAGGGAUAUUUUACUUUGUUACCAUCAGAUCCAGACAUUUUACUUCCCGUUGGACUUGUCUUCUGUCAUGUGGUUGUUCUCUUCAUUGUCAGCGUCACCGUCUACUAUAUCUUUAGGAUCGACAUUGUGCUGUGGUUUAGAAAAGUCUUUCCGUUCCUCUAUAAAAAUAAAGAUCUGGAUGGGAAACUUUACGAUGCCUACGUGGCGUACCCCCAGUCUGGUUCCUUUGAAUUUGGUGGAGACGUGGAGAGGUUUGCCUUGCACACGCUGCCUCAGAUACUGGAGCAGGCCUACGGCUACAAACUCUUUAUAGCAGGUCGCGACUGUCUGCCUGGGCAGGCCACAGUGGACUCUGUAGAAGAGAACAUCCAAGCCAGCUGCCGCAUCCUUCUGCUCUACACCGCCUCUACUUUCAUUGGCAAAAAGCACACAAACAGCACCAGCAGCAACAACAACAAUGUUCCCAUAAGCAGAGCCAACAAAUCUGAAACCGACACCAGUGACAGCAGCGUCACAAGUUUUUAUGAUGAUGAAAAGGUCUUCUCAGACACGCGGCAGCCGCUGGAAUCUGUAGCAGCAAUGCACAGAGCCCUGCUGGAGGGAUCACUGAAGGUGAUCUUGGUCGAGUUGGAGGAGAUCAGCCCAGAUCAGUUGGCCCUGUUCCCUGAGUCGGUGCGCUACCUGAGGAAGAAGCAGGGUGCUGUGUGUUGGUGGAAGCACGUGCAGAAGAAGCAGACAUGGAGGAUGUGUGUGAGGGAGAGAGAUGAGGAAAAGCAUGGCCAAGACUCCCGGUUGUCUCUGUCUCUAUGUCCUUCAUCCAGGUUCUGGAAGGAAAUUCGGUUUCACAUGCCUGUCAGGGGCAAGAGGGUGGAGUAUCCGGAGAAAACUGCCCUGUUGAACUUGUGAUGAGGUGUGUGUGUGUGUGUGUGUGUGUGUGUGUGUGUGUGUGUGUGUGUGUGUGUGUGUGUGUGUGUGUGUGUGUGUGUGUGUGUGUGUGUGUGUGUGUGUGUGUGUGUGUGUGUGUGUGUGUGUGUGUGUGUGUGUGUGUGUUGCUGAGCUAGUACAACAGCAGCGAGGUCAGAUUGCAGGACAGGUGCAACAAGAUCCUCUGAGCAGAAACAUCACCUGACUUUUCACUGUGUUGCUGUUUAACCUGAGUUUGAACUUUCUGAGAUGUCCUAAUGUCAAGAAUGGAAAAAAGAAGCAACAACAGCUCGUCUGCAUGUCUGCAGAAUCUGGAUCGUCCAAAGUUUACAUAAAACAAGUGAACGUUUAGAUUUUUCUAUAUUAAGAAAAUGUAAAUAUGUAAAUAAUACCGUCAACUGUGAACACUUGCACAUGCUGCCUUUCAUUUAUUGUCUAAAUAGAAAAAAUAUAUUAAAAUAAUAUUUUAUGAAAGAAAACUAUUGAUGCAAGAUAUUAAAGAAAACUAUAUUAAUAUAUGGCUGGAAUCACACAUAAAAUCCUCAUUAAUAUGUAAUGUCCCAGCACUGUGCAAAUGCCCCCAACCCACAUCGAUCAGACCUUGUUUUAUUUUAUCCAGUGUCAUAAGAAGAAGUGUGUGUAAUGGAGAAGAUGACUGUUUUUAAGUUAUCCUGGAGAAAUAUAACUUUACCUGCAAAACCAGAAAGAAACAAAAUUCUGUGUUUUUUUUUAACCUUAGCUUUAGAAGGACAGAGACUCUGAAUACGGGUGAAUUGGCUAAACUGUCUGGUAGUAAAGCCGAAGGCAGAGCUGCAACAUGUCACAAUUUAUAUUUUAGUCUAAUCUGAAGAGCAAAGGGGAGCACGUUCAGACUCAAGCUUGAAUUUUGUGUUGUUUGUCUUUCACAUCAAUACUGUUUAUUCUUUUUUUUCCCCAAUCAAUAUUUUUCACCCCUAUUAAAUGUGCUUUGUAUAAGUUGUCCAA